CACAGCAGCACCAUCACGGCCGAAGGAACGGGAGAAAUCUGGAAAAGAGCAUUUAAAAAAAAGAAAAAGCCACACACAACAAUAUCAACUUCGUGCCGUGGAGAAAAUGGGAUAAUGAAAGAGAUUAUUUACUCGCACCGGGUCCCGCUGUUUGAUCACCUCCUCUGAGAAACUCAGAUGUUGCGUCGCUUGUGUUCUGCGCUUUUUACUCAUUCUCCUUGAGCGCUGCUGGUACAAAGGCGCUUGGUCCUGAGCAGCAGCACCUGGGAUUACUGCCAUAUGAAUGGGCAAGAGUGAACGGACUAGACAUCGCUGCCAAACCUGGAAUGGCAGACUCAUACAGUGAGUAAAUCCAGCAAGGUUAAAACACUUUCUUCAAUUUUUUUGUCUCCAUGAGAUCCAGAGCACCCGUGUCACCCCGCGAAGACAGCUGCUGUCAUUGUGUCGAGACUGAGAUUUUUUAUUUUUUAUUUUUAUUCUUCUUUUGAAAGUGGCCUUUCCUGGAAUGAUGCAUGAGAAAGACGAGCUGUGUUACAGUUUUUUAUUCCUUUUUCUGUCCCACACAUUCCCUGUUAUUCCUGUGACUGAACAGCCGGUUUCUCUUGUUCAGAAUGGGAUGUAUUGUUGCGACUGCGCAACCCACGACAAGUGUCAGCAAUUAGACUGUGUGUUUCUGAACGGGUUACCUAAAGGCCUGUUAUAAACACUGCCACAGCUUUGCAGUUGGAGGUGGACAUUGUUGUCGGUAAGGACUCUGUUGGCGAACUGGACUGAAAAGGAACGGACGGUGCGCCCUUGGCACCUUCCCCCCCAGUGUUUGUAUCAGGGUCGGCCACAGAAAUAAAUUAGGCACAAUAUGGUGGAGCCGGUGGGAUUCAUUGAAGCGUGGAAGGCACAAUUCCCAGAGUCAGAGCCUCCUAAGAUGGAGCUGCGGUCAGUCGGGGGCAUUGAGCAGGAGCUGGAGAAGUGUAAAGCCUCCAUCAGGCGCCUGGAGCAAGAGGUGAACAAGGAGCGCUUCCGUAUGAUCUACCUGCAGACCCUCCUGGCCAAAGAGAGGAAGAGCUACGACAAGCAGCGGUGGGGUUUCAGGAAGACCCCACUGAACGAGGGGAUGGACCCUGCAGCUGCACAGGGUGCAGAGUCUCAGUCCCAGCAGCCACACAUGCAGGAGACUGGUGGGGUUGGAAUAGGAGUAGGUGGUGGAGGAUACGGCGGUGUUAGCGGGGGUGUUGUGGAUAGGAAUCGUUUUCAGCCUGUUGGAGAUGGAGCUGGCAGGACCAAACCCAGACCUCCACCAGCCAGGAAGUCAGCCUCCCACGGAGAUGGACUGGAGGCAGCCUUUGAGGUACCCCAGCAAGUUGAGUCGAUGUCCUGCGACAACCUGGACGGCCUCUCACCAUCCAAGCAGAGAGGCGGCAUCUCCGUCUCUCCCCGCAGGCCCACCCUUCCACCCCCAGACAAGGAGCUGCCCUCUGACCCCAAGGACAAGCUUGGGAUGGGACUUGGUGUGGCAGCUCUUAGAUCCAACUUUGAGAGGAUCAAACGGGCCAACUCUCACUCUGCGGGUGAUGUAGCCAAGGGCCAGGAGAAACAGCUGCCGCCGCCGCCACCGCCGUUUUACACCAACAUGGAAUUCCACCACGAGAGGGGUCUGGUCAGGGUCAAUGACCGUGACGUCUCUGACAAGAUCAGCUCCCUGGGCAGCCAGGCCAUGCAGAUGGAGCGAAAAAGAUCUCUUCACUCCCUCCCAGGUAACCUGGCAACAGUGGCUGGGGAGCUUCGUGCCAGGCCAGUGUAUAGAGGACGGUCCACUGAGAGCACAUGUGGCUAUGAUGCAGAAUAUGAGGAUGGAGAACCCAACCAGAGACAUUCAGGGAGGGCCAACGGGGGCAAACCUCCACCCCCGCCUUGGCAGCCCUCAGACUUCCAGGCCUACUCCAGUGUCUAUGUAGGUGGGGUGAUGAUGGGUGAAGGUGGUGGUGGUGGAGAUGGUAGAGGUGGUGGAGGAGGUGGUAGUGGAGUCACAAUGAGAGACCAUGGGGGAGGGGAUGACCACCUCCUCACCUGGCCACGCCGCUCAUACUCCCCAGGUAGCUUUGAGGAUGUCGGUGGAGGUGGCGGCUACACACCAGACUGCAGCUCCAACGAGAACCUGACGUCCAGCGAGGAGGACUUCUCCUCAGGCCAAUCUAGCCAUGUCUCACCCAGCCCCACCACGGCCUUCCGCCGACCCUUCAGAGAGAAGAGCCGCUCGCCAUCCCAGAACUCCCAGAACUCCCAGCACUCCUUGGACAGCAGCAGCCCUCCGACACCGCAGUCCCAGAAGCGUCACCACCGGCAGCAGGGCCACGUGGUCAUGUCUGAGGCCACGAUUGUGAGUGUUCGCAAGACUGGUCAAAUCUGGCCACCUGCUGCCCAUCACGACCUCAUGCCCCACGGUAGAACAUCCCAUGACAACAGUUUCCAUGGAGAUCACCUAGAUGGUCAUUUCACGGGGACCCCUCCUACAUAUGGUUACGAUGCAGACCGUGCAGAGGAGCAGCGGAGGCACCACGACAUCCUGCCGUACAUCGAUGACUCGCCAUCGUCUUCACCACACCUCAGCUCCAAGAGCCGCAGCAGUCGAGACACUCUCUCAUCGGGGUCACUGGAGUCCUCCAAGUCGACUGAAUGUGAUCUGGAAAAAGGUUUGGAGAUGAGGAAGUGGGUCCUGUCUGGGAUCUUGGCCACUGAGGAAACAUACCUCAGUCAUCUGGAGGCACUGCUGCUGCCCAUGAAGCCUCUAAAGGCUGCAGCUACAACGUCGCAGCCUGUCCUCACGGUGGCCCAGAUAGAAACCAUCUUCUUCAAAGUGCCUGAGCUCUAUGAGAUCCACAAGGAGUUCUAUGAUGGACUUUUGCCCCGCGUUCAGCAGUGGAGCCACCACCAGAGAGUCGGGGACCUCUUUCAGAAACUGGCCAGCCAACUAGGAGUUUACCGAGCAUUUGUGGACAACUACGAGCUGGCUGUGGAGACGGCGGAGAAGUGCUGCCAGGCUAACACACAGUUUGCUGAAAUCUCUGAGAACCUGAAGGUGAGGAGCCCCAAGGACUGUAAGGACCAGACGGCUAAGAACUCUUUAGAGGCUUUACUAUAUAAACCGGUGGACAGAGUGACACGCAGCACAUUGGUACUUCACGACUUGCUCAAACACACGCCCACCAGCCACCCGGACCACCCUCUUCUGCAGGAUGCCUUGCGGAUCUCCCAGAACUUUUUGUCCAGCAUCAACGAGGAGACAACGCCCCGACGCCAGUCUAUGACUGUCAAGAAGGGAGAGAACCGGCAGCUGCUGAAGGACAGUUUCAUGGUGGAGCUGGUGGAGGGAGCCAGGAAGCUGCGACAUGUCUUCCUCUUCACUGAUCUGCUGCUCUGCGCCAAACUGAAAAAACAGAUUGGAGGAAAAAACCAACAGUACGACAGUAAGUGGUACAUCCCCCUGACUGAACUGACCUUCCAGGGCCCCGAGGAGACCGAACCACUUACAAUCCCCCAGGUCCCUGAUGAAGAGCUUGACGCCAUGAAGGUCAAGAUCUCACACCUCCGCAGCGAGAUGCAGAGAGAGAAGAGAGCCAACAAGGGUUCAAAAGUUAUCGACCGUCUCAGGAAGAAGCUGUCCGAACAGGAGUCUCUUCUCCUGUUAACAUCUCCGAGUAUGCCCCUCCGAGUCUACAACAAGAACGGCAAGAGUUACAGUUUCCUGAUUUCGUCUGACUAUGAACGUGCAGAGUGGAAGGAGAUAAUCAAAGAACAGCAGAAGAAAUGUUUUAAAACAUCCUCCUUGACGUCCAUGGAGUUGCAAAUGUUGACCAACUCCUGUGUUAAACUACAGACUGUCCACCACAUUCCACUUAGCAUCAAUAAAGAAGAGGAUGAAUCCUCUGGUCUCUGCGGGUUCCUGAAUGUAAUCGUCCACUCCGCCUCCGGCCUCAAACAGAGCUUGAAUCUCUACUGCACAUUGGAGGUGGAUUCCUUUGGUUUCUUUUCAAACAAAGCCAAGACGAGAGUGUAUCGAUACACCACUGAACCCAAAUGGAACGAGGAGUUUGAGAUUGAACUGGAGGGCUCUCAGACCCUGAGGCUGCUCUGCUACGAGAAGUGUUACAACAAGACCAAGCAGAACAAAGAGGAUGGAGAGAGCACAGACCGCAUCAUGGGGAAAGGACAGAUCCCGCUUGACCCUCAGACUCUCCAAGGCAAAGACUGGCAGAGAACAGUUAUUCCAAUGAAUGGGAUCGAGGUCAAACUCUCCAUGAAGUUCACCAGCCGAGAGUUCAGCCUGAAGAGGAUGCCCUCGCGGAAACCUAUGGGUGUGUUUGGUGUCAAGAUCUCCACAGUGACCAAACGAGAGCGCUCCAAGGUGCCCUAUAUUGUCCGGCAGUGCCUAGAGGAGAUUGAAAGGAGGGGUAUGGAGGAAGUGGGCAUCUAUCGAGUAUCAGGGGUGGCCACUGAUAUUCAGGCCCUGAAGACUGCCUUUGAUACCAAUAAUAAAGAUGUGUCAGUGAUGAUGAGUGAGAUGGACGUCAAUGCCAUUGCCGGGACCUUGAAGCUGUACUUCAGAGAGCUGCCAGAACCUCUUUUCACUGAUGAGCUCUAUCCAAACUUUGCAGGCGGCAUCACCUUGUCUGAUAGUGUUGCCAAAGAGAGCUGCAUGUUGAACUUAUUGCUGUCGCUGCCAGAACCAAACCUGGUCACAUUCCUUUUCCUUCUGGACCACCUGAAGAGGGUGGCAGAGAAGGAAGGCAUCAACAAGAUGUCUCUCCACAACCUUGCAACAGUGUUCGGGCCAACCUUGCUGAGGCCCGCCGAGAAGGACAGCAAGAUCCCCUCUAACCCCACGCAACCCAUCAGCAUGGGGGACAGCUGGUCCUUGGAAGUUAUGGCACAGGUUCAGGUGCUGCUGUAUUUCCUCCAGCUGGAGACCAUCCCCACCCCAGACAGUAAACGACAGAGCAUCCUCUUCUCCACUGAAGUAUAAAGCUAACAUUGGCUCUGUCUACCUGACACUUUGAGCAGAAAGGAAUGAAAAAGAGACGGACCUUGGCUCAAAGUGAGCCUAUAGUAGUAUGUUUUUGAAUUGACUGACCGGACUCCGUUAGACUCUUGGGGCUGGUAAGGAUUGUCUCUGGUGAUACUUGCCCUGCUCGAACAUGAGAGGGCGCCAUUGGGCCUCUGAAGCUCAGAGGAUGUGAGGUCCCCCUUCAUUAAAUAUCGCUCAUGUUUAAGUACCAUCCCCUGUACCUUCAGUGAUGUUGUGGGUACAUCUGCCAUCUACAUUUCUCCACCCUGCCACAACCACAACUGUCUACCUUGUAGACAGUUGUGGUUCAUAAGUCAAGAAGGUGAAG